AUGGUUGAGUUUAGAUACAGUCGACCUGCCGGUAACCGAGUCUAUCGUGUAGACAAUGUCCCACGCGCCGCGACUGAAGACGACAUCCGCGAUUUCUUCCAACACCAUAUGAUCCUCGAUCAGUUAACGACAAUCACGACGGUUUCGUUCGCCCUGGACUUUCUGGCCCUGAUUCAGCCUUACCUGGACGGCCUUACGGUACUCGUGGGCUUACCGAUUCGGACUUUCCAGCUCUCGGGAUCACUCGCGAAGACGAAGCACGUCGACGCGAAGAAGAAGCCGUGCGGCUCUGAGAAGCACGAGAAGCAAGACCAAGCAUUGCAAGAAGAACACGAAAAGGUCGUGCGGGAGCGUGAAGAGAAAGCUCGAAAGGAGAAAGAACUAGAAGCUCAGGCCAAAGCUCAGGCGGAGAAGAAGCGUUUAGCUCUUGCUGACCUGAUCCCACGAGUUCUCCAAAAUCUGGGUGACGUUUUGCCUCCGCAUCGCGUCCCUUCUCCUGAUCUCGAUAAUAGAGAAGAUACGCGAAACCGAGUACUCUUCAUGACCGACAUCCCGCCCGAGCUCGAUAACGAUGUGGUCAUGGCGUUUCUCCACCCGUUUCGCCCCGAAGGUAUCGAUCGUGCUGAAGUCGGAGGAAAUCGCAUGUUGUCUGGUAUCGUCUUGAUGCAAACAGCUGAGGGCCGCGACCAGGCUGUUGAGCAGCUCAAUGGCACAACACUUGCAGGCCAGAGGGUUGUCCUCCAGGCUUUUAACAAUGUCACUCAAGAUGUCCUGGACCGUGUCCUAAACCCACCCGUUCCCAGCGCCCCCAGCUCGUCGAACCCUCCACAGGCCUCGAGCUCCUACUCCCCAUUUGGCGCUUCCCAGACCACGUCGCCUGACCCGCCAGCUCCCGAUAUGUCGGCCCUCACGGCCGUGUUGCGCAACCUAAACUUAGUCCAAGACCCGACCCCAGCACCACCGCAACCAGCUCCCCGUGGACGUGGACGAGGACGAGGAUCUUCUUCCAACCGCCGCUCGUCUGGAUGA